UCGUUUCAUUAAGGGACUGAUAAGAAAUGGAAAAAUAAGUCGAAAAUAAAUAGAAAUAAAGUAUAAAUGGAUAGUUUUCCAUAUCUCUUGCUGGUAGCAGCUGUUGCUGUAGUGGGUACCACCGAUUCCGAACUUCCCUGCGAAGGAUCCAAUUGCACCAGUACAGAGAUGACUACGUAUUAUGGCGAACAAAUCGGAUUUGGUCGAAUGGACAUCAUUAGGGCUUCCUGCAGCCACCUACGAGGGCUGAAAGUCCCACCCAAUGUGGAAAUUUUGAUGAUAAACAAUUGCACCAGUGGUGACCUCCACAACCUUCCCUCUCUACCGAAACUUAGCAUUCUGCGGAUCCGAAACGGCAAUAUUUCUGAGCUGAGAGACGAACAGUUUGCCGUCAUGACAGGAUUGGGCACUCUCGAGCUGAGGAAUAACUCAAUAUUUAGGGUUUCCACUGAAGCCUUCAAGGGACUGCCGCACGUGUGGAGGCUCGGACUGCAUGACAACAAUUUAACAAUUUUGCCUGAUGGUCUGUUCCAUUCUCUUCCAGAACUCGUCGACCUUGAUUUAAGUCACAACAAAAUUGCGACACUGGACUUUGAAACUUUUUCCAAAAACCCAAAGAUGAAAUUGUUAUGGCUCCGUGACAAUCCGUUGACUAUGGUUUUGGCCAUACCACUUAAGCAACUUAUUCGUCUGGACCUGGCCAACUGUCGCCCACUGGAGGAGCUCCAAAUGCACAGCGCCGAGACCUUGAUCCUGACCAACAGCGGAGUAAGGAAAUUGGAUGUCGUGGGUAGCGUCAGCAAACUGUAUGCUCGUAAGAACCGACUAAGAUAUCUCCAAUUAGACGAUAAGAUGUCUAUCAUUGAGCUAACCCUGCAUGAUAACAUGAUGCAAACUAAAGAACUUAACAAAAUCCUCCUGGGAAUGUGGAGACUGCAACGCCUGGAUCUCUCCUGCAAUCUAAUGAAUGAGUUGCCUGUUCCCAACAGUGGCAAUUCGGAUGAGGUCUUCUUUUUGCCCAAUCUUAAGUUUGUGAACCUGUCGAGCAAUAUGCUGGAAUACCUCCAUGGUGAUUCGCCUCUGAUGUCCCCCGCUCUUAACUAUUUGGAUCUGUCGCACAAUAGGAUACGUAUUUUGGAUCCACAUAUCUUCAAGAUGGUCAAUAAUCUGCAGUACCUGCACAUUGAGUGGAACCAAAUCAGGGACUUUAGAUACGAUAGCCUCUAUAAACAACAGCGGGGUCUUAAAUUAGUGACACUUUUCAACAAUUUAUUCAGCAACGGAACUUACGUCACCAUUACUAAAUUCUUUAUGAACGCUGGAGUGCAUGUAAACGAAAGCAACCAAGAUCAACCGGAAGUAAGUUACACGACAGUUAGUUCCAUGGAUAAUUAUGAGCUGUCAUUACCGGAUGAGGGUUUAAUGGAAGUGAAAGCCCAGUUAACAGAGACUUCUGAGACAAAACCUCAGAAACGGAAGCUUAAUGAUCCACCACAUCAAGGGCCCAAAGUAGAAGACACUAUUCAAAAGUGGACCUUGUUUGAUUACCUGAUCUUUAUUGUACUGCUUGCUGCGCUGACUCUUAAUGUAUUCCUAAUCGUACAGCUCCGUCGGUCCCAAAACUGCUUGACUUCGAUUUCUCGCAUUUGGGACAUAAAAGGGAUUUCCAAAAUGCAAGCCAAGUUUGUCAGCAUGGAAGACCCCGAAGUAUAAAUCAUGAAUAUUUAACUAUAAAAGAGUUAUUUAAUAACAGUACGAAAAAAUACAUAAUGAAUAAGUUUCUGCACUUGCA